AAUGAGCCGUCUUCUUUAGCACAAAACUCCGGCCACCUGAAGACGGUUUCCGGCGUCAUACCGGUACCUACGGAUGUCUGCUACUGCGCGCCGUUUGCGCAUUACUCUCAAGGUGUGUCACUCUUCUCACUUCCUCUCUUCAUCUACAUCGCAUACUCUCAACAUUUCGCAAACCCUCCACAAAACCCUGGAUUUUCACACACGUUCUUCUUCUUGUAGUAGCUGUUCUUCAAUUAUUCCCCAAAAAAUCGAUUUUCUUGAUCAGUUUUCGCCUUUUCCUAGCUCAAGUUCUUCGAAAUUUAGUAUCAAUCCGAAUGAGCGGCGAAAAAUUGUGGUUCGCUUGUCGAAGAUGAUCAAACAAAGUCAAGGAUAUGUAUUGAGGGGAUUUGCACAGAACUUUUGCCCAUGUUUUCUAGUAAAGAUCAUGAAACUAUUGGAAAGUCGGGAAAUUGCGUUUGCAUUCUUCAAAUUUGCAUUUCAGGACGAUUCGGAGAGUACCAUAAGGUCGUGUUGUGUUGCGGCGCAUCUUUUAGCAGCCGAAGAGCUUCGGCACGUCGCGCAAGAUGUGAUUUGGUGGGUGAUUGCUAGGAUUGGAGUGUUGCGGAGUGGGGAUUUGGUGGAGUUUAUGUGGAGAGGGCACCAUGUUUAUGAGUCAGAUUUUUCAGUUCUUGAUUCCCUUAUGAGGGCCUUUGUGAAUGCGGAAAUGGGUUUUCAGGCUUUGGAGAUUUUAGGUAGAAUGAGGGAGGUUGGUGUGAGGCCGAGUGCAUCAGGGGUAGCAAUUCUUUUCAAAUUAUUGCUUAGAGUUGGUGAUUAUGGUAACGUGUGGAAGUUAUUUAAGGAUGUGAUUCGGAGAGGUCCUCAACCUUGUAAGUAUACAUUCAGUGGGAUAAUUCUUGGGUUUUGUAGAAAAGGCUGUAUCCAUCUUGGAGAGAGUUUAUUGCAUUUGAUGCCAAAGUUUCAUUGUGAACCCAAUGCUUUUGCAUAUAACAUUGUGAUCAAUGCAUGUUGCAUCAGGGGCCGAACCUCUGAUGCAUUAGCGUGGUUCAAUUUGAUGAUUGAAAGGGGUUGUAAUCCUACUGUCGUUACAUUUAACACAGUUAUCAAUGCCUUUUGCAAGGAGGGGAAUGUGGUAGAAGCAAGGAAACUCUUUGAUGGACUUAAAGAGAUGGGUUUCUCUCCAAAUGCCAUUAUGUAUAACACACUAAUGAACGGAUAUGUUAAGAUGAGAGAGAUUGAUCAGGCAAACAUGCUCUAUGAAGAAAUGAGGAAAAAGGGUAUAGCUCCUGAUGGCAUAACUUUUAACAUUUUAGUGUCUGGGCACUACAAAUAUGGAAGGGAAGAGGAUGGGGAUAGACUGUUGAAGGAUAUAUCUGUAUUGGGAUUGCUUCCAGAUCGGUCGUUAUUUGAUAUUUCAGUUUCAGGGCUGUGUUGGGCAGGUAGGUUGGAUGAGGCUAUGGAGUUUUUGAUGGAUAUGCUCGAGAAAGGUUUAUCUCCUAGCAUAAUUGCUUUUAACUCUGUUAUUGCUGCUUACAGCCAAGCAGGGUUAGAAGAUAAAGCUUUUGAAGCUUAUAAACUCAUGGUUCAUUUUGGUUUGACUCCUUCACCUUCCACAUGCAGUUCUCUGCUUAUGGGUCUGUCCAUAAAUGGGAGGCUGCAAGAAGCGACAGAGCUUAUAGGUCAGAUGAUAGAGAAAGGUUUAUCAGUCAAUAACAUGGCUUUCACAGUGCUUCUAGACAAGUUUUUUAAGAGAGGAGAUGUGGUGGGGGCACAAAGUUUGUGGGGAGAAAUGGAAAGAAGAGGAAUAUUUCCUGAUGUUGUUGCCUUCUCAGCCUUCAUUGAUGGACUUUCUAAACAAGGUCUGGUGGAGGAGGCUUACAAUGUGUUUUUAGAAAUGUUAAGGAAAGGGUUAAUUCCAAAUAACUUUGCAUAUAACUCUUUGAUUUGUGGUUUUUGCAAGUGUGGAAAGCUGAAUGAGGCAUUGAAGCUGGAGAAAGUGAUGAGGCACAGAGGUCUUCUCCCUGAUAUCUUCACCACCAAUAUGAUCAUUGGUGGGCUUUGUAAACAGGGCAGGAUGCGGUCAGCAAUCAAUGUCUUUAUGGACAUGCACCAGACCGGAUUGUCCCCAGAUAUUAUUACAUACAACACUUUGAUCAAUGGGUAUUGUAAAGCUUUUGACAUGGUUAAUGCAGAUAAUUUGGUGAAUAGAAUGUAUGCCAGUGGGAGUAACCCAGAUCUCACAACCUAUAAUAUACGUAUCCAUGGUUUUUGUAGCAGCCGGCGGAUGAAUCGAGCUGUGUUGAUGUUAGAUGAGCUUGUUUCAGCUGGUAUUGUUCCAAAUACAGUAACAUACAACAGUAUGCUGAAUGGUGUUUGUAGUGACAUACUGGAUCGUGCUAUGAUUUUGACUGCAAGAUUGCUUAAGAUGGCAUUUGUCCCAAAUGUUGUAACGGCUAAUUUAUUGUUGUCUCAAUUUUACAAGCAAGGAAUGCCCGAGAGAACCCUGAUGUGGGGGCACAAGUUGAGUGAGAUUCCCUAUGCCUUUGAUGAAAUUACAUAUAAAAUAAUGGACAAAGCCCAUCACAUACUAGAAGAUGCUGAUUUUUCAAGAGUAACAUCUGCAAAGAGCCUCUUCCUGGACUUCCUUAUGUACAUUACAUAUGAUUAUUUUUGUAGAUACAGACCUCACAGUGAAACAACUCAGCAUCCUCUUAAACUGAUUGACAGAAGUUACAGUGGGUCCUGAAAGUUAAUAAGCUGGAUAAGUUUUGAGCACUUCAGUUGUUUGACAUACGGAGGAACCUUAUGUAAUCCUGAUCUUGAUUGGGAUCAUGCCAGUGCUGAUCUGGAAUAUUAUUUGAGCAUGUUGUGCAUCCAGUGGUGGAGAAGUUGAGAAUAACCUUACUUGUGAAAAUGAAAGCAAUAUGUUGUGAUGGUUGCAGCAAAGACCAGUUUCUGCACCAAUGGAGAAAGAUAUGGUUCAAGCGACCGGCUGUUACAUGGACUAAGGAAUGACAAAAAGAGCGGGACUGUGGCUAUCAGAAAAGAUGGUGAUCCAUGGAUUAAGAGAAGGUGUAGCCUAGAUAGAGUAGAAUGGUGAAAAGCGAUUAAUAUAGCCAGCCUUUUAUGGUUGAGACCAAAAUUUGACUGACUUGGGUUAUGAGUAGGGAAGGACAAUUUACUAGGUAAUACUAAUCCUUCUCUAUGGCAGGGGAGAUUGGGUCACCAGCACUCUUUACAGUGUUCUUUUAUGCUUUCCUUUACUGGCAAUGAAAGAAAAAUAUGUACACACUCUUAGAUUGUCAGACAGUGAGAUUGAAAUAAUCAGUCUAAAUUAUC